GCCACUUACCAUCUCUUCAUCACCCACACUCCAUUCUUGCAAAUCGCCAUGGCACCCACAGCUACCGGCAGCGGGUCUCGCGGUGAAGGUAGCAGCGGUGAAGGCUCGGCCCUCUCGCGCAAGAAAGAGCGCUAUAUGCACGACUUGCCCAUGGAUGUCGAGGAUGCAGGCGACUCGGACGACGACGAGAACGGCAAUGCUCGACCAAAGAAUCCGCUCGACAUCUACUCUGCUCCUCAGCAUCUCCUCAACGAGUUUGCAGACGACUCAGAGGAUCCUCUCGAGGAGCGUGCAAAGUCGAGGCAGAUCGCAGCCAGGCAGAAUGAUUACCAUCUUCGCCGCUUCAAUCGGGAUGCUGGACCGGAAAAGGGAGCAGAUGCCAUUGCUGCAGAAGGCGAAGGAGGAUACAAAGAGGCGAUGCGAAGGGCUGAGCUAGAGAGGGAGGAAGACCGAGUGAGGAGGUUGAUCGAGCAGAAGGAAAAGGAUGCCGCCGACAAGUCGCAGUCACGUCAGGACAGAGAUGUCACCCCGCCCAUGGAUGACCAAGGGGAUACCACCCCGAAAGCAGCCGCAACCACACGCAAGCGCAGAUGGGAUGUUGGACCACCAGCCAUGGAUGACGGUGCUAGCACCGCUCCGCCUCGCAAGCGCUCCUCUCGCUGGGACGAGGCACCUGAAGCGACGCCCGCAGAGCCCAGCAAGCGAUCUCGUUGGGAUCAAGCGCCUACCGCUCAAGACGACGCCAAGCCCACAUCUUCUCUCAUCGCCUUUGACCCUCGCAACCGCUACUUGAGCGAUGAAGAGCUCGAUCAGCUUUUGCCGUCCGAGGGCUACAAGAUCGUCACCCCUCCCCCCGACUAUGCCCCCAUCCGCACUCCCGCUCACAAGCUCAUGGCUGCACCUGGCCCCUCUGGUGGCGGCGGCUUCAUGAUGCAAGACGAGGCGAGCGCCCGAGCCGCCGUAGAGGAGCUCGUCCCCGAUCUCCCUACGGACAUUCCCGGCGUAGGUCAACUAGCCUUCUUCAAGCCAGAGGAUCAAACCUUUUUCAAAAAGGUCCUCGAAGACGAUGGCGAGCAAGAACUGACCCUCGACGAGCUCAAGGAGCGCAAGAUUAUGAGACUGCUACUGAAGAUCAAGAACGGCACGCCGCCAAUGCGCAAGUCGGCUUUGAGACAAAUCACGGACAAGGCGAGGGAGUUUGGCGCUGGUCCGCUCUUUGACAAGAUCUUGCCACUCUUGAUGGAGCGCACACUCGAGGAUCAGGAGCGCCACUUGCUCGUCAAGGUCAUCGACCGUAUUCUCUACAAGCUUGACGACUUGGUCCGGCCAUACGUCCAUCGCAUCCUUGUCGUCAUCGAGCCCUUGCUCAUUGACGAGGACUACUACGCACGAGUCGAGGGGCGCGAGAUUAUCUCCAACCUCUCCAAGGCGGCUGGUCUGGCUCACAUGAUUUCUACGAUGCGACCGGACAUUGAUCACGUCGACGAAUACGUGCGCAACACGACCGCCAGAGCCUUCUCCGUCGUUGCCUCUGCGCUGGGCAUCCCAGCGCUCCUGCCCUUCUUGCGAGCCGUGUGCAGGUCCAAGAAGUCGUGGCAGGCACGCCACACGGGUAUCCGCAUCGUGCAGCAGAUUGCAAUCAUGAUGGGCUGCGCCGUGCUCCCACACCUCAAGAACCUCGUCGACUGCGUUGAGAAGGGUCUCGAGGACGACCAGCAAAAGGUCAAGACCAUGACGGCCCUCGCCCUUGCUGCCCUCGCCGAAGCCGCAGCCCCUUAUGGCAUUGAGUCCUUCGAGAAUGUGCUCAAGCCGCUCUGGGUCGGCACUCGCCAGCAUCGCGGCAAAGGGCUUGCCGCUUUCCUGAAAGCGAUUGGCUUCAUCAUCCCGCUCAUGGACUCCGAGUCGACACUCUACUUCGUCAAGGAGGUGACGCCCACCUUGAUUCGCGAGUUUCAGAGCGCAGACGAGGAGAUGAAGAAGAUUGUUCUCAAGGUGGUCAAGCAAUGCGCUGCUACCGAUGGUGUGACGGGUCAAUUCCUCAAGGAGGAGAUGUUGCCAGACUUCUUCAAGAACUUCUGGGUCAGGAGGAUGGCCCUCGAUCGCCGCAACUACAAGCAGGUGGUCGAGACCACUGUCGCUCUCUCACAGAAGACUGGCGUGACGGAGGUGGUGGGCAGGAUCGUCAACGAGCUCAAGGACGAGAAUGAGCCUUUCCGCAAGAUGGUCAUGGAAACGAUCCAGAAGGUCAUCGACUCACUCGGCGCGGCGGACGUUGACGAGCGCCUUGAGGUCCAGCUUAUCGAUGGUCUCAUCUACGCCUUCCAGGAGCAGACCGUCGAGGACAAUGUCAUGCUCGAGGGUUUCGGUACCGUCGUCAAUGCGUUGGGUAUGAGGAUCAAACCCUACUUGACGCAAAUUGUCUCCACCAUUCUCUGGCGCCUCAACAACAAGAAUGCCAAGACGCGCCAGCAAGCCGCCGACCUAACCACCAAGCUGGCAGUAGUCAUCAAGCAGUGCGGUGAGGACGCUCUGCUUAGCAAGCUCGGUGUUGUCCUCUUCGAGCAGCUGGGUGAGGAGUUUCCCGAGUCGCUCGCGAGCAUCAUUGCUGCCGAGGGAGCCAUCGCUGCCGUCGUGGGGAUGACGCAGAUGAACCCGCCCGUCAAGGACCUCCUUCCCCGUUUGACGCCCAUCCUGCGCAAUCGACACGAGAAGGUGCAAGAGGCCUGCAUCAACCUCAUCGGUCGUAUCGCCGAUCGAGGCUCUGAAUUUGUCUCGCCGAGGGAAUGGAUGCGCAUCUGCUUCGAGCUCCUCGACCUGCUCAAGGCACACAAGAAGGCUAUCCGUCGUGCAGCUGUCAACACGUUCGGAUAUCUCGCCCGCGCCAUCGGCCCACAAGAUGUGCUGCAGGUGCUCCUCACCAACCUGAAGAUCCAGGAACGUCAGUCACGUGUCUGCUCCACCGUGGCGAUUGCCAUCGUAGCAGAGACCUGCGGACCCUUCACGACCAUCCCGGCCAUCCUGGCAGAGUACCGAACACCGGAGCUCAAUGUACAGAACGGCUGCCUCAAGUCCCUGGCCUUCCUCACGCAGUACGUGGGCGAGAUGAGCAAGGAUUACGUCCCCGCACUGGUAACAGUUUUGGAGAAUGCCCUCGUGGAGCGCGAUGCGGUCCACCGCCAGACGGCCGCCGCAGUCGUCUCGCACGUCGCGCUAGGCGUCGCAGGCUUGGGGCAAGAGGACUGCCUGCUGCAUCUGCUCAAUCUCGUCUGGCCUAACCUCUUCGAACAGAGCCCCCACGUCAUCAACAAUGUCUUUGACGCUAUCGAGGCUAUGCGUGUCGCCCUCGGGCCGGGCAUUUUGCUCAAUUACUCGAUGCAGGGCCUCUUCCACGCCGCAAGGAAGGUUAGGGAGCCCUUCUGCCGCGUGUACAACACAAACUACGUUGGUGCACAGGAUGCUCUUGUGCCGUUUUACCCAGACUUGAAGGAGUUUGACGAAGGGCCGAGGAAGUACAGGAGGGAGGAGCUGUACGCUUUCCUGUAA